CGCUCUUCCGGUUCGUCCCUUUCUUUCUCGAUCAACACAUCAAGAUGGGUAUUAGCCGUGAUAGUUAUCACAAGAGGCGCUCCACCGGUGGCAAGAAGGCCGCCAUCCGCAAGAAGAGGAAGUACGAGUUGGGACGUCCGGCCGCCAAUACUAAGAUUGGAGGUUCCCGUAUCCACUUCGUACGAACCCGUGGUGGAAACCGCAAGUUCCGUGCACUCCGUCUGGACAGUGGCAACUUUGCCUGGGCUUCGGAAGGUACCGCCCGCAAGGCUCGUAUCAUCGAUGUGGUCUAUAACGCUUCGAACAACGAGCUGGUCCGUACCAAAACCCUGGUCAAGAAUGCCAUCAUCGUGAUCGAUGCGUCGCCGUUCCGCCAAUGGUAUGAAAGCCACUACCUGCUGCCCCUGGGCAAGAAGCGGGAAGUGAAAGCCGGCGAAGAGGAUGUGCUGGCCAAGAAGCGCAGCAAACGCGUCAUGAAGAAGUACGUCAAGCGCCAGAAGACCGCCAAGAUCGAUCACGCGCUGGAGGAACAGUUCAACUCCGGUCGUCUGCUGGCUGUCAUUGCUUCCCGUCCCGGACAGGUCGGCCGUGCCGAUGGCUACAUUCUGGAAGGCAAAGAACUGGAAUUCUACCUGAAGAAGAUUAAGAAUAAGAAAUCGAAGUAAGCACUACCUAUCUCCGGAACGAUUAGGUGGCGACGGCAACGGCAGGAGAAGAAGGGCUGUAUGGAUGAUGUGAUGGAACGUGUUGUGUAUGCGUAAGAUCUAUUACACAGUCUGAACGUUUUAGUGGUAAACCCAGAAACAAAACCAACACUCCAGAAAAAAUGGAAUAAAAAACUAAUAAAAAAAUGUAUAAAAUAGUA